AAAACAUUUUUUUCACAUUGAAAAUAACCAAGUCGUUUGUUUAUAAAAAUGGCUAAUAAAACAGAAGUAGUAAAACCUCAUUUAGUAAGAGUUUAUGAAUUAGACGCUUUCGAAAGAUUACUAAGAGGUAUAAGAGUGCCAGCUUGUAUGAUAACUGAGUCACAUGUAGUUGUUGAUGAACAAAGUGUUCUAAAGCGUCUUAACGCAUUGACCAUUGGUGGCCCAUCUGAUGGGAACUGCUGUUCAUGUUGUGGUGUAGGACCAUUUACCACAAGAGCGAAGCAGACAGCCCACUACAAGGAACACUGGCACACAUAUAAUUUAAAAAGAAAACUCUUUGGUAAACCUGCAUUGACUCUAGGUCAAUUUAAUUCUAGACAAGAUGAUAACUCAAGUGUUUCUGGCAGUGACUCAGAAGGUGAUGAUGGUGGAACCAAUCCAGCUAGUGAUCUGUUUGCAGCUGCAACUAGGCACUGUAAGGCGUUCUUUACAAAUCGAUAUGGACAGGUCUUCUGUGUGUACAGGUGUAUUCUGCACCAUAAAAAGGAGGAGCUGUCAACAGACGGUGAUGGUCAACAUUGGGUAGAAAGAUGCACCCGUCUUUCUAUCCCAGGCUUCCAACGUUGGGCAGUCCUUAUGGUGUCAGGCGGUCAUUUCGCAGGGGCUAUAUUUUCUGGUGGCAUAGUAGUAUUACAUAAAACGCACCACUCUUACGUAACUCGCCGAGGUCAGGGUCAAGCGCAGGCUAACAGAGACAACCACGGAAAUGCUCCGAGAUCCGCGGGAGCUAGUUUAAGAAGAUACAAUCAGGCACAGUUUUUAGAGCAUGUCCAAGAGAUCGUAGGAAGCUGGGCGGAGGAUCUAAAAGGUUGCUCGUGCAUUCUGUACCGUGCGGUAGGUUCGAUGAACCAAGCUGCGUUAUUUGGGAAAAAUUCUCCGUUAAGUAGAGAUGAUCUUCGUGUUAGGGCAUUACCGUUUCCCACAAAGAAGCCGAGUUUCAAAGAAGUUAAGAGAGUACACGAGACUUUAGCUAGCUUCGAAGUCUAUGAUUCUAUGGAGCUUUUCCAAAAAGCAUUGAUAGCCUCGUCAACUAAACCUGCCAAACAGUCUGGUUCCGACGAAAGUAAAAAGGCACAGAAGAGUCCUAGCAAGAUUAUAAAUCGAGCUAAAUCCAGGGAACGUCCAGCUCGAGAGUUGCCAACUCAGUUAAUAUCAAGCGAAGACGAAGGUCCUUGCUUCAUAGACCUUGAGACGCCAUUGGAUUGGAUUAAAACACUUUCCCAACAGAGCAGUCUCGGGAUACUAACGAACUCUAGAAAAGAUCUGAUCAAUGACUUGGCUAUCGCAAGUUCUAGAAGCUCUGAAAGUCAAGACGAUAAUUUACCAGAGCAUAAAGAACAAACAAGGAAGAAGAAAAACAAAAAGAAACCAGAGGAGGGUAGACCGACUAAGAAAGGACAGCCUAAAAUUCCAGCUAAUGUUCAAAAGAUGUGGACGCUUAUUGACGAUAAUGAUUUUACAUCGCUCGAGACGAUCAUCGAAACAUGGGAAGGUGACGAUUUAGAAGCAGCUUGCAACACACAGGACCCGAACGAUGGCAACACUGCUUUGCACAAGGCCGCCAUUGCUGCUAAGGGUGAAAUGGUUACGCAAAUUUUAACAGCGGGCGGCGACCCGUGCGUUAAGAACCAUCUGCUACAAACUCCUUACGCUGCUUCACCACACAGUGAUAUUAGGGUUUUAUUCCGGCUUUUCCAAGGACAAUAUCCUGACAAAUAUAACUACAAUAAGUCGCAAAUCCCAGGCCCUGUCACUCUGGAGCAACUGGAACAGGAAAAGGAAAAGAAAGCUCAGCAAAAGAAGUUGAAGAGACAAAGAAAUAAAGUGAAGCAAGUCGAAAAGAUAAAAACAAACAAGUAUUUACAGCUAACGGAUGCGGAAAAGAUAAGAGUUGACGAGCCACGAUGCUUUCUGUGCGCGAAUCGUCUCCCAAAGCCGCCAUUCGAAUAUGACAAGUUCAGAUUUUGCUCCAUACGGUGUCUGCAAAACCAUAGAAACGUUAGACCGCUACAUAUGAGUGCGUAACAGUGGAUAUACAACCUAAUUGACAAGGCCAUAAAGUUUAUAAUAUGAAUUUUGAAAAAGAAUAAACUUGAUCAAGCUCUGUAACUA